CAUAUCAAUAGUGUAUUACUAAAUAGAAACUAUAAAAUGGGAAGUGUUACUAGUUUGAAUCCCCGCUACGUUCUAUUACCGUUACUCCUUGUCCUAGCCGCAACUGCAACCACAAAGGCGAACGCAUUCCUCCCGAGGCCACGGAUCGGGUAUUACGGUAGUGCAUGCUGGAAUGUAGAAUCGAUAGUGCGGUCCGUUGUACAGUCUAACUUUAUUACAAAUCCAGCCAAUGCACCGGGCAUUUUGCGUAUGCAUUUUCAUGAUUGUUUCGUUCAAGGCUGCGACGGGUCCGUUCUCCUGGACGGACCUAACUCUGAGAGAACCGCGAUUCCGAAUCUAUCGCUGAGAGGGUUUAAUGUCAUCGAAGAAGCUAAAACUCAGCUUGAGAUCGCUUGUCCUCGAACAGUCUCUUGUGCUGAUAUUCUCGCGCUAGCUGCACGUGACUUCGUCGUUCUGACCGGUGGACCAUGGUGGCCAGUUCCAUUGGGACGACUCGAUGGCCGGGUUUCACUAGCCUCGAAUGUCGAUCUGCCUGAACCUACCGACUCCGUUGAGGUGCAGAAGCAGAGGUUCGCCGCAAAAAAUCUUAACACCCAAGAUCUCGUUGUCCUUGCUGCCGGACACACGAUAGGAACGGUCGGGUGUGGUGUGUUUAGAGACAGGUUCUUCAACUACAACAACACUGGAAGUCCUGACCCAACCAUAAACCCAAGUUUCAUCCCUCAGAUCCAAUCUCAGUGUCCUCUCAACGGCAACCCCGCUACUCGUGUCGCGCUGGACACGGGAAGUGAAGGCCAGUUCGACACUUCGUACCUCAACAACUUGAGGUUUGGUCGAGGUGUCCUCGAGUCUGAUCAGGUCCUAUGGAAUAACCCCGAGACUCGGCCCAUCGUGGAAAGGUUGUUAGGAAUACGGUUUCCGUUUCUGUUGUUCGGACCCGAGUUUGCUAGGUCGAUGUAUAAGAUGAGUCUGAUUCAGGUCAAGACGGGUUUGGAUGGGGAGAUUCGUAGGGUUUGUUCUGCGGUUAAUCCUUAAAAUAUAGAAUCAACUAAUAUGAUGAUGAUAUAUAAAGUAAUGAAUAAAAAUGGAGAUUAUAUAAUCCAAUAGUCUCUCCAGAUUUCUAAGAAUAACUUAAAAAAGUAACUAAUAAAUCGGGUUAGCAUUUUUAUGAUGAUUCGGUUUUAGGUGUGAAAAUUAUGUGUUAAAUUACGUCGAUGUGAGUGUGAGGAAAUAA